AUGGCGACAAAUCAACUGGAUGACGUAAUUCAAAGAUGGAGAACGACCAAAGAAAAAGAUCUGAAACCAGAAGAUCAUGAACUCUUUCUGAACAUUGGUGGUACCUGCAUUGCUCAAGGUGACACCACACAAUUGCUGGACUUCAUUAAAGAGGAGAAAAAUCAGGGCAUAGUGAAGUCUAUGGGUUGUGGCCUCCUAAGACCUCUGAUUAAAGAUGUAGUGGGAAAGGAGAGGGAUCCUGUGCACUGUGAGGCCAUUAUCACCCAUUUGGUGCAGAUCUGCAGGGCAAACGACCUGCUGGAUGUUCUGCUUAGGGAAAUGGAAGAUGCUGACCCUGAUGCUAUUGCAGACACCAUCAUUCUUCUCAUGCAGCAUAUUCAGCUAGUGCUGUCAAGGUUGGGUGAUUCAAAGGCCCUCUCGCUGGGCCGGGCCCUGGCCGCUCUGCAGAAACAGAUUUCUAAGCUGCCUGUACCAUAUUCGCGCAAACAGGAACAGGAAGACAAAUAUGGGCUCUGUCGCUGCUGCACUGCUCUGCUGACCUUUGUGCAACCAUUUGUGCAGGAAGUCAAAAGUCAAGACACAAAAAGUCCAGUGACAACAAGCAAUGAUGAAGAACUGAGGACUGUGCUUCUCAAGUUCUGCAUGCAGAGUCUGAGAGAACCUCUCCUUGAAGCUCAGCUCGACAGGGAGGCUGACACCACGCAAAACUCUCCCCUCAGGAACUUUGCCACAGAGAUAAUGGCCAUUCUAUCAGCAAUCCAGGAGCCUCUGCCCAAACUGCUGUUCUACUAUCCUUUGAGAGGGAAAGAAGAUAUGGGAGUUGGGAGACAAGACGACAGCCACCCAACUGAAUCGAGGGCCUGCCUGGCUUACUUGCUAUUUGUCCAGCUCAUUGCUAUGGAAGUGUUCCCUGCUGUCUUUAGCCCCAUUUUUGUCCUGCGGUGUAAUAUGGAAUACAUCAAUAUAUUGUUGAGCAGAAAAGAUGAAUCCUGGAUAUUAAAAGGCUUGGACUUGUAUGUCAAAAGCUUGGAAAGAGUUCUGGAUAAUAGCCUCCCAGUACAGCUUUUGGAGCUGAGACCCUUUUACAGUGUUCCACAGAUUUUAGUUAAAAUCAUGAUUGAGUGUCCUAUCCAGCAUUUGAGAGUAAAAGCUCUUGUGGUAUUCCAGCUUUUUAUAGAGAAACUCAAUGGGGAGGCCAAGCAUAAAUUUUUCAGAUGCAUCAUGAAAACCAGCCAACAUGCAGGAGUGGAAAGCGUCAUCCUCAAAAACAUCAAGAAUCAAGCGGAACAUUCAAGCAAGUCGGAACACAGGGACGGCUGGUUUGAGGGUACAUUACUGAUAUCACUUCUUAGGGACACUGUGAGUCUACCUCAAGGCCCAGAGACUGACUUAUUGCAUGGGAUGGACAGGGUCAUGGAGUCUCUAAAUCUUCUGAGAUAUCUACUAAUCAAAGAGAGAACAAAAUCUACAGCAAUAUGGACAGACCUUUGUAACAUUGCAAAGACCUACAUAAAGAUACUGCGCGUGUGUCUGAGCAUGUCUAAAUCAUACUAUGGCACUGAACUGAAGAGCCUUCAUGAAGAAAAAAAGAUCAAAGCAAAGGAAUUUAAAGAAAUGUCAAAGAAGAAAUCAAUUCAACAUAUGAUUGUGAAAAAUGAAAGUCUAGGUGGAAUGCCACCUGAGGCACAGGACAAGGUACUACAGUGCGCACUUGUGACAUAUGACCUGAUGGAGAGCCUUGUGGUCCGAAUAGAGGAGAUCACAGAAGAGAGAGUCUAACG